UAAUUGUUGUGGUUGUGGUGAAGGUGGUGGAGCUCUGCUGGUGGUGUUUGUUUAUCAGCACCGGCAAGCCGUGGUUUGUUCUGCGGGGCCGCGGCCGACCGCUGUGCCCCGUUAACAGCGCGGUCCGAGGCCUGCCGCGAUGGACCCGUAUUCAGGUGACAGCAGCGACAGCCUGCACAGCGGCUCGCUCGAGUGGUCGGGGCCGUUCGUGGAGGAGAUCGACCAUCGCGAAAUCGAGCUGUUCGAGGUGGUGGGCAAAGGGACCUUUGGGCUUGUGCGCAAGGGUCGCUGGCGAGACCAGGAUGUGGCCGUCAAGUCCAUUGCCUCGGACCACGAGAAACGCGCAUUCCUCGUCGAGGUGCGGCAGCUGUCGCGAGUGGACCAUCCCAACAUAGUCAAGCUGUACGGGGCGAGGGUGCGAACACCGGUGUGCCUGGUGAUGGAGUAUGCGGAAGGAGGAUCCCUGUACAAUGUGCUGCACACGAUGAAGCAGGUGCCGUACACAUUGGCACACGCCCUGAGCUGGAUGCUGCAAUGUGCCCGUGGGGUGGCUUACCUGCACAGCAUGAAGCCCAAGGCCCUGGUGCACCGGGACCUGAAGCCACCCAACCUGCUGCUAGUCAACGGAGGCACAGUGCUCAAAAUUUGUGACUUCGGCACGGCCUGUGACGUGCAGACCCAGAUGACCAACAACAAAGGCAGUGCCGCAUGGAUGGCCCCUGAGGUGUUUGAGAGCUCGACGUACUCGGAGAAGUGUGACAUCUUCAGCUGGGGCAUCAUCCUGUGGGAAGUGCUGACGCGCCGCAAGCCCUUUGAGGACUGCGGCCCGCCUGCCUUCUGCAUCAUGUGGGCUGUCCACCAAGGAAAGAGGCCUCCACUAAUCCGUGGCUGUCCCACCGUUCUGGAGGAACUGAUGGUUACCUGCUGGUCUAAACAUGCCGAGCAGCGGCCUCCCAUGGCCGAGGUGGAGAAGACCAUGGACCACUUGGCAGCCCUAGUGCCAGGAGCUGACAUCCCUCUCACAUAUCCAGCACCACAGAGGAAUGAUGCUGAGUCGCUGGGCAAUGAUGAGUGGAGUGAGCCAGCCGGUCUGGGGACCGACCCGUCGUGGGGCUCCCAGCGGCAAGCCACUUCUCUUGUGGUGCAGGGAGCUACAAACACAACCACCAAGGCCCGGAGAAGCGGCACCGAGCAGCCACCGCAGAUGAGUGCGCCAGCAUCCUUGUCCUGCAGCAGCGAGGACUUGCAACGCCUGACUGAACUCUCGCUUCAGGAUGGCGCUGCAGGAGACGCAUCAGCAGCAGGUGCAGGCGUCGCCCCAUCGUGGACUCCAGGCCACCGUCGGGUUGGAUCGGCAGGCUCACAGCAGCCCAGCAUGGCAGCUGCCUUGGGUGCUGGCGAUCAACACACACCGCAGCUGCCUCCACAGUGGCUUGGAAGGACGGGUGGCCACCCGCGGCCUCAUCCGAGCUUCCAGACACCCUUGCUGCAGCGGCCAGACCCUUCGCGGAAGACCUCGUGGCCAGCUACACCAGACUGUCCGCAGGAGGUGGACUUGGGCCUCAAUGCUCACUUGCUCAUCGAGCCCGCCUUGCAGCCCCUGAGCCCAGUUCCCAGCUGCCAGGAGUCGGUGCGCAUCUUUGACGACCACCGCUGCCUGGCCCAGUGGUACUUCAAGCUGCAGUCGGAGAUCUGCCUGCUCAACCAGCGAAGCAAGGAGCUGGACAAGGAGUUGGAGGUCCCCGUCUCUGAACCCCGGCGCACAUACUACGACGAGGCCGAACAGCUUGAGAAAGAGCAGGAGCAGCUGAAGCUUCUGCGCGAGAGCCUCAAGAACCAGCUGCAGCUGCUGAAGCAGCAGCAGCGGCAGGACCAACGUGGGAAUCAGCCCGGCAGUCAGCCCGGCAGCGGCAACGAGGAAUGGGUCCUGGUGUCCAUGCCGCGGUAGCCCAACACACACGACAAUGCUGAGGAACACCGUUGUCGGUGUGCAUAUAGUGGCACCUGCCACUGAAGCGUGUGUUAGCCAUCCAGUCUGCUGCUCUAGCUGGGUUGGCACUGUUGGGGUGAAAUGUUUUUGUUGUUGUGUGGCUCACCAGCAUUGACUAGAGACUCCGCAGAACGUGGGGUGAGUUACUUGUUGUUACUCGGUGAGGGGGAGGGGGCACUGGGAAUUGCUACAGUGGAAUCUCGUUGAUACGAAUCUGCAUAAUACGUUUUUCGGGAUAAUGCGUCUUUUUCUUAUAUGCGAUUAUGUUUGGAUGAUAUGUUUCAUUUUCCAGUUCCCGUGAAGACCGUAUCAACGAGAUUCCACUGUACUGCAAUAUGGUGCUUAGCCAAGCUUGGUACGACAACAUACUGUGGCAAACAGCGUGAAAGUGGGAAUAAUAUUAAGAGAAUAGGCGACACGGGCACCGACUUCCAACUAAAGUUUAUUGCACGAGAGUGAAAUAUUUAGGCAGCAGGAAACAAGGCAAUCGCAAAUAAAUCCCACUUACUCGGAAUCCCCCACUCACUCAUGUAGUCAUUUUGUGAUGUGUGUGUGUUUUCUUUGCAUUUGCCUUGUUUUUAUAUCUUUAUUUGAGAGUCGGUGCCCAUGUCAUCUGUUUCCUUAAUCUUCGCCUCGUUUUCACGCUGCUUGCCAUAUUAUGGAAUUGUUAGUUGGGUGCAUGCACAUUCCUUCAUGUAUGCUGUCACUUUUGCCAAGGUUUUGACGCUGCUUCAUAAAUGACAAGUGCUGUUGCCAAGUUGCUUGGUAUCAAUACUCCUGGCACUGAAAAAAGCCUAGAGGAAGAGCACAUGUGCUCCUAAAAGCCUGUAUAUCUCCCGAGUGCCACAUGUUGUGCAACAGGGGCACCAUGGACAACUUAGAGACAUUUCUGACUUGUCCACUUGUUCUGACGUGCCAGAGGAUUAGCAAGCGUGCAGAUAAUGACAAUGAAGGCAAAGGACAUGGCAGUGCAUUCUGGUGUGUUUCGAUUGCUGUCAUCAAAUUCUUUGAUUAUGCUUUCUUUGAUGAAGCUUCAUGGAAAACCUGGCAUAACUGCCAUCGGUUGCUAUGGCAACAGACAUGGUCUCCUCCCUUUUGUGCUUGUACGAUCACACAGGUACCAUGUAACCCUGCCCCCUCUGCCUUUUUUUUUUUUUUUUCUGUGAGCACUAGCCCCCAGAAUGGUACAACUUGUAUGUGCUGUGUGCGCAUGAAAUAUUUUAUCCUCGAGUCAGGCCAUCAUACAAACAGUAGCAUGCCGGUACUGAGGAACUGGCUACCUAACCUCUCCUCAAUCAUUUUUUUUUUUUGUUACCUUUGUACCACAUGUGAGACGCUGUUCAACAAAGUUCCAAUUGUUAUCGGACUCUGUUUGUCAAAGACACAGACCCUGAUGUUUAUGACGGAAUUUACAGUUGUGACAUUUUCAAAUCAAGUCUUUUAUUAGUCUUAAUUUCUAUCUGUUCACUAGCUUGCUCUGUUGUGGGAGACCUCUGUGGCAUGUUCAAUAAGGGGUUGACUUUUAACAAUUUUUAACAACAGUUUGCCAAGGUGGCAGUGCAUCUGCAAUACUACAAUGACUGUGUUGCUGCAAAUGCGUUGUAAUGACCACACUGCCUUUUCAAUGAA